CAGGGCCCGCCCUGAGUGGACACGUAAGCCGCCCCGCCGCGAGCAGCGCCCGUUAGUUGACGUUAGCCGGAGCUAACGGCCGAGCUUCGCCUCAUUGGCGCGUGCCUCGUCCGCCUUCGCCGCCCUGUGUGAGCUGUUUACCGCCAACGGAGCGGACUCGGAGCCGGGAGAGCGGCGGCGCGUGCUGCCGGCGGACCAUGCUCGGCGCGAGCUCGCGCCACUGAGAGGACUCGUGUUGGAAAAGCAUCUGUUCGGUCUGAGUGGGACGACACCAUGACGGGCGACGCCGCGGUGCGGACGGGUGCGGCGUGGAUGAAGCGGGCAGCGAACCGAGCCCCAGCGGGGAACCGGAGCUUCCAUCGCGCCUCCAGAGCAGCGACGGAGACGCUCCACCGGCACCAGGGAGCCUCUGUCCACACAGCUUCAGUCACGAGGGCCCGGUUCAGCACCGCUUUGACCGGGAGCGUGACCGGCCGUCACGGGUCCAGCGCCAAGAGACCCGAGUGCCACAGGGACUGGUCCCUGCAGCUCUUCUCCCCACACACCAGGUCCUUCAACCAGGACAACUCCACGGUGGGGGGUCUAACCUCAGAGGACAUCGACAAAGCCAGAAACGCCAAGAAAGCGGGCGCCAAGCAGCACAAACAAGUGCUCAGUGAAAAAGCCAGAGAGAGGAAGGUUCCUGUCACUCGCAUAGGGCGACUGGUGAAUUUUGGAGGCCUUGCAGUUGGACUUGGCAUUGGGGCCAUUGCUGAAGUGGCCAAAAAGGCCUUGAAACCUCAACAUGGGGGUGAUAAGAAAGCUGUGCUGGAUUCCAGUGCUUUUCUGACCGAAGCCAACGCCGAGAGAAUCGUCAGGACACUAUGCAAAGUUCGAGGUGCUGCUCUCAAGCUCGGGCAGAUGCUCAGCAUUCAAGAUGAUGCUUUUAUCAACCCUCAGUUGGCCAAAAUCUUCGAGCGCGUUCGUCAGAGUGCGGACUUCAUGCCCACCAAACAAAUGAUGAAAGCGAUCACCAGUGACCUCGGCCCGAACUGGAGGGACAAACUGGAGUACUUUGAGGAGAGGCCGUUCGCGGCGGCGUCGAUCGGUCAGGUGCAUUUAGCCAGACUGAAGGACGGCAGAGAAGUGGCCAUGAAGAUCCAGUAUCCUGGAGUGGCAAAGAGUAUCGACAGCGACGUCAAUAACAUCAUGACCGCUCUGAGCUUGAGCAACGCGCUGCCUGAAGGUCUGUUUCCUGAGCACCUCAUUGAGGUCAUGAGUCGGGAGCUGGCGCUGGAGUGUGAUUACAUACGGGAGGCCAAAUGCGCCAAAAAAUUCCAAGAGCAUCUAAAGGAUCACCCAUUCUUCUACGUGCCUGAUGUGAUCGACGAGCUGAGCAGCCCUCACGUCCUCACCACCACACUGGUGCCUGGCUUCCCCCUGGACCAGGCCACUGACCUCCCCCAGGAACUCAGGAACGAGAUCUGCGAGCAAAUCUUGAUUUUAUGCCUGAGGGAGCUUUUUGAGUUCAGGUACAUGCAGACGGACCCAAACUGGUCCAACUUCUUCUUUGACCCACAAACUCACAAGGUUGCUCUGCUGGACUUUGGAGCUACAAGAGGGUUUAAUAAGACCUUCACAGAUACAUAUAUAGAGAUUAUUAAGGCAGCUGCAGAUCAAGACAGAGAAGGCGUCCUGCAGAAAUCCAGAGACAUGAAGUUUCUAACAGGAUACGAGUCAAAGGCGAUGGAGAACGCCCACGUGGAUGCAGUGAUGAUUCUCGGCGAGGCCUUCUCCUCCGAGGAGCCCUUCGACUUUGGGUCUCAGAGCACCACCGAGCGCAUCCACAGACUGAUCCCCGUGAUGCUGAGGGAGCGACUGACGCCGCCGCCCGAGGAAACCUACUCACUCCACAGAAAGAUGGGCGGCUCUUUCCUCAUCUGCUCCAAACUCAAAGCCAAAAUAUCAUGCAAGAUGAUGUUCCAGGAAGCCUACGACAACUACUGGAAGGACGGGCGCCCGGAGCCAAAACACUAGAGGACUGGUUUUUAAGGAGGCACCUUUAUGGUAUGGACAAUUUAACUCGCACAUUCAUACAUGUGGAGGUAACAUUGGGCCAGAAAGUCCAGAUUUGUUUUACCUUGAUGUCCUGCUCAUCGAUGGGAACAUAGAUUAAUGUCUGCCCAUAGAGAACGACUUCUUAUUUUGCCAGGACUUUAAACAAAUUGUAUGUCAGAUAUAAUGUUUAACUCUUGUACUAUUUCUACUGUUGAAUAUGACAUGUACUGUACUACCUAAUUAUGUGACUGUCAGACUGAAUGUGGAACUGUCUGAGCAGGAUGUAAUUUGAAAUAAAUUGAAUCUGAAUCAGCAAA